AUCAGUCAAUUGGGAUUUGCUAUGUGAUGUUUUAUAUGCUCCAUUAGUUCUCUCUGGCUCAUCACUCACUUGAAGGGAAGGGAUGAUGGCUCUGCUUGAGACUCUUUCGCCUAAUGAGCUUUACAACUUCAUUAUCCAUGACACUAUCUCUGCAACCCCCUUUAUCCACCUUGAUUCCUCCUCAGAAGCUGCUGUCUUGUUUGAGAACAGAGUGAAUCCAGUCGAACAUGACCCUGCAAUGUUCGGUGAUUUCUCUUCUUCAAGGAAACGUCGUCAUUCUGAUGAGCUUCAGGUGCCUGUUGUGCAAGGAAGGAAGAAGAGGAGAAGGAAGCCAAGAGUUUGUAAGAACAAAGAAGAAGCUGAGACGCAGAGAAUGACCCACAUUGCGGUUGAAAGAAACCGCCGCAAGCAGAUGAAUGAGCAUCUCGCCGUCCUGCGUUCACUCAUGCCUGAAUCCUACGUCCAAAGGGGUGACCAGGCCUCUAUAGUGGGUGGUGCCAUAGAAUUUGUGAAGGAGCUUGAGCAUCUGCUGCAGUCACUUGAAGCUAAGAAAUUGCAGCUUCUGCAACAAGAUGCAGCACAAACUAAUGAAGACUCUUCUUCCCCUUCUUCCAUUUUCAAACUCAUGAAUCCCCCUUUUGCACAAUUCUUUUCUUAUCCUCAGUACACGUGGUCUCAGGCUCCAACCAAAUAUCCUUCCAAGACCAAGGCAGCCAUAGCUGAUAUUGAGGUUACUUUGAUAGAGACACAUGCAAACCUUAGAAUUCUGUCACGGAGAAGCCCCACGCUGUUGUCAAAGCUGGUCUCUGGUUUUCAAUCACUCUACCUCACCAUCCUUCAUCUUAAUGUCACCACCAUCGACCCUUUGGUGCUUUAUUCUAUCAGUGCUAAGGUUGAAGAAGGAUGCCACCUGGGUUCGGCGGAGGAUAUAGCGACAGCAGUUCAUCACUUGCUCAGAAGAAUUGAGGAAGAAGCUUCCCGUUGCGGUUGAUGAUGAAUUGUGAUACAUACUUUGGUGACGUGACCAAACUAACCCCUUCCUCUUAGAAAGGAGGGUUUGUGUGGGUGAAUCUUUCAGUUCUUUUUUUCUUUAUUUAUUUCUUUAUUUCUUGAUGUGUGCAUGUAGAGAUGAUGUGUCAAAUGCUGAUGAAAAGGUGUGCAGUGGAUGGCUUUUUUUGUAAUUUUGACUCCUUAGAACUCAGAUAUAAUGUAAGGUUAGGACUUAACAGGAGAGUAGAGUGCAUAUGGAAUCUUGUUUGGAGUUGAGCUAAGGUGAGCUGUCUCAUCCCAUUCCCUGGCCCAAU